AAAAUUUUCUGAGAAUCUUAAUUGUAAAAUUAUAAAAUUGAAUUUAUGAAAAAUAAAUAAACUAAUAUUAAUUAUUUGAAAUAAUUAAUAAAGUGCCCGGGAGUUGAUUCAAGACAUUAUAAAAUUAAAAUCAAUUAAACAACUUUUAGAAAGUAAUUAUUAUCUUUGCGCACGAUUAAAAAAUUAGAUUGAACGCGAUCUGAAUGCAAGUUUUUAAUUUCCGGUAUUAUUUUACAAUGUAAUCUCAUUCUUAAUACUAAAUAUCCUUCAAGUUAAUGCUCGGAUGACUCGAUAACUUUUAAUGAUCGACAAUCAAAAAAUAAUCAUUCCUUUAAAUCCUUUUCAAAAGUUAUAAUUCAAUUUUCAUAAAACGACAUACUUUUGAAAAUUAAGGACAGAAUCAAUUAAAAAUAAUUAAUUAAUUCGUUAAAAUCAGAGCUCUUGCACAAAAAGUUAUUGAAAAAUCCAGUUCCAAAAUUUUUGAAUCUGUUUUCCAACCGCGAAAAGUUCCCACUAGUUUUUUUAUUUAAAUUUACUCUUCUGCUUAUAAUUCAAGUAGUUUUUAAUGUUCAGAUUAUUAAUUUCAUAUUUUAAUAAUUAACGAUCAAGAAUUACACUAACAUGUAUACAUAUUAAUAAUUGCAUCAUCAUUUGAAAUGAUAAUACUUGAAACACUAAUCUGUUUCAACCCUGUUUGCUACAACCUUGGUUGAGAAAUUCGAUUCACCAUUAGGAUUUUAUCAGAAAUUUCCGAUUAGAAUCAAUCAGAAACUUCCAAAAAAUAUAUCAUUUUUCAAUUGAAACCAAUUGAAUCCCAGUCAAAGUUUUUAUUCAGAACAAAUCGGUUCCAAUCAAAAUAAAAAUAUUAUUUUCCAAUUGAAAAAGUUUCACUUCAAUUAAAAAUUUAAAAUGGAAUUCAAUUGGAAAAUAAUAUUUUUAGUUUUCAGCACUUUUUUCCACUUGAAACUGAUUCAUUCCGAUUGUUCAAUCGGACUUCAAUCAGAAUUUUCAACCAGGGAAUUUGAUAUAUAUUCAUUUUAAAAAGAGCGCGGUAGUUUUUAAAAAACGGAGAAUGUCAAAAUACUGUAAAUCAAAGAGUUUGCAUGCGAAAAAAAAGUAAAUCAGAGAAAACGUUAGUUAGUUCACAUUGUGUAUUGUAUUGCUUUUGUUUGGAGAACGGUGAUGUGUAAGAGAACAAGGUCACUUGGGUUUAAUGCUGACUGGUGUAGUCAGUGAACAAGUUGUCGAGGAUCUCGUGGUACUGACUGUACUGACCGGUGCUACAGUUACAUUUAUCAUUAUUCUAAUUUUAAAAAAUAAAAAGAUAAAAAAGAAAUAUUUUAAAAAAAACUUGUCCACUUGAAAAAUAUUUUUCUACUUCACAAAUCAAAUAAAAAAUAAAUUGUCUCAUAGAUAAGUUAUCAGUAGGUUUUAAAUGAUUUAAAGUGAUAAGUUGUGAGCAACAAAAUAAUUAAAUAAUUGCAAAAAAAAAAAAGAAAUAAUUUAAAAAAAAAAGCAAAUUAUAUUUAAUAAGACAGUUUUGUUCAAGCUGGAGUAUUUAUACUGGAAUUUUCUCAUGACGCUCGGCCAUGAUCUGUAACUCACGUAUGUCUGGUCAAUUUCCCAUCGUUUUAAUUUGAAAUUCCUUAUAAAUCUCAUAUUUUUACUACAAUAAAUUAUUAUUACUUUAUAUAUUAUUAUUAUACCGUCAUUUUGUUAUACAUUUAUGUAAAAAGUUAAGUUAUUAAUUCACUGAUAUGAAAUAUAUUAAAAUACUCAGUACAAUAAUUUAUUAAGACAAGUGUGUGACGUAACUAGAGUGAUAAACGUUUUUGCCGUAAAUGUUUUUUAGUUUGCCAUCUGAUAAAAAACAUAUAUAUGUAUAUGUACACGUAUAUAUAUUUAAAAAAAAAUAUUAAGUGUUUUGUAUCUGAUAUUGAAUCAGUUAUAGCUUUGCUAGCUGAUAAAAACGUUUUAGUUGAUUUAGAUAAUACAUUUUUUUAAAAAUACAAUAUUUUUAAAAUGAAGAUGGAGGUUGAUCUUAGGAAGGAGCAGUUGAAGAAGGCUACAGACAGGAUACAGCGAGAAAUUGAAGAGGUCACUGAGCGUGAGCACGAGUUGAGAAACGUCGGAAGUAUUAAAACAACAUCACACGAAACUGUUGAUUCUAAGGUUCGUCGAAUGCCACAAGCAUUAAUAUCGGGAAAGUUAAAGAGGACAACGUCAACACCCCAGAUAUUGGAGCCGUCAGUGACACUGACGUCUAAUAAUAAUAAUAUUAAUAAUAAUAAUCUCACACCCAAAAUGACUAAUGGAGUUAUAUCGGCACGUACGACACCGACACCGCUGCGUUUUGCAACAUCACCAAGUCAAAAGGGACUAAUGCACAGGUUCUUAGCGACACGUGGUAGAAUUUUCAACAAAAAUUCGUCACCACCUGCCGAUUGUUUGACACCACCACCGACACCGACCAUUGUCCUGAACCCUCAGAGCAUUCGUGCUUUGAGUAAAAGUCUGGAAGUGAGAAUAGAACCGGAUGAUGAGCCGAAAAAACCGCAAACUAGAAAAGGAUACGUUCCGGUUGAAGAAAAAAUUCAGAAAGAACUCAAUGAUAUGAAAGAGAGGGAAAAUGAACUGAGGUUGAUGAGGUCAAGGAUGCUGGCAAAAUCUCAACCAAACCUGAUUGAAAUUGGUAAUGACAAUGAUUCAGAUAUUUACGAUGGAUCGAAUUCACUAAGAAGUGGGACAUCAUCGAAUACACUUAAUGACGAUGACUCAGAUCGAGGAGAAAAUAGAAGUGGGAAACACAAACCAAAUCCGCGACGUCGUAGUACACUUAUUGCUCAGUGGGAAAAUCUCAUAGCCGCAAAUAAGGAGUCUUUGGAAAAUGGAAAUGAAAAUGAAAAUAAUGUCUAACAAUACAUCAUUAAUAUUUAUUUAUUAAUUUUAAUAUCUAUUAUUUAGUACUCAAAAAAUCAAGGGUAAAAUAUUUUGGUAUUUUUUCCAAUAUGGAAAUUUAUAUACAGUAUUAAAUUAUUAUCCAAUUAUUCAUCUUAAUUACCUUGUUUUCCUGUAAAAAAUUAUCUUAACUGCUUCACGCUUGGUAAUUAACUUUUUAUUUUAUUCUUUAAGCUCUGUAACGACUUACAGGAAAAAAAAUAUGACGUUAGUGGGAGAUAGUUAUUAUUUAUAAUCAAAAAUCGUGUGUAAUCGUUAGUUAAAACGACUAAACAUCGAAAUUAUUUUUUAUAUAUCGAUAUACAUUAGUCUUAAAUAUAAUUAUUUCUAUAUAUAUAAAUAUAUAAGUUAUUUUAAUAUGAAAUAUCUGUAAUUUCAACAAU